CAUCAUCAUCAUCAUCAUCAUCACAACACUCAUCAUCAGUCUCAUUACCACCAUCACCACAAUCAAGGCAAUCGGCUGAGACGUUCGCGCUCGGGCCGACGGGGUGGUGGUGGUGGUGGUGCAUCGUCGUCUUCGAACAACAGUAGUAUGCAUUUGUCGGCCGAGAAAGGUCAACAGAGCGGCACGACCGGCGGUGGCGGCGGCGGCAACGGGAGCAGCAGCAGCGCAUCGGCAGCCGUCGCCGGGGCCACGUCCAACAGCGCCGCGACCCCCACGAGCAGCCAGUCGGACUAUGCCCUCACGGCCGAUCUGCUGGCCGAGAGGACCCUCGACGGACUCCUGGCCGAGCAUCCCGGCGAGCUCAUACGCACCGGUUCUCCGCACGUAGUGUGCACCGUGCUGCCGUCGCACUGGCGCUCGAACAAGACCCUGCCGGUGGCGUUCAAGGUGGUGGCGCUGGGCGAGGUCGGCGACGGCACCCUGGUCACGGUGCGCGCCGGCAACGACGAGAACUACUGCGCCGAGCUGCGCAACGCCACGGCCCUGAUGAAGAAUCAGGUGGCGAAAUUCAACGAUCUCAGGUUCGUCGGCAGGAGCGGUCGAGGUAAGAGCUUCACGCUGACGAUCAUGCUGCAGACGUCUCCGCCGCAAGUGGCCACGCUCUCCAAAGCCAUCAAGGUCACCGUGGACGGGCCGAGGGAGCCUCGAUCGAAAACACGUCAUCAAGCGUUUCAUCCGUUCCACUUCGGGCCGAGGCCGUUUCCCUUCGGACCUCCCCAGGACCCGCUGGGAUUCAAGCUGUCCGGUCUGCAGCACUUGGGUCUGGAUCAAGGCACGCAGAGCUGGGGCGGCCUACCCCGUGGCGCUCUGGGCCCGGCCUGUUUGCCGCCGGCUCUGUCGAGCCAGUCCGGUCAUCAUGCGACGCCGACGGCCGCGACCAGCAGCAGCAGCGGACAAACCAGCGGCGGUAGCAGUGGUGCUGCUGCUGCUGCUGCUUGCGCCACUAAUCAGACAAAUAAUACGACCACCGGUGGUGGUGGCAACCAGGGAAGCAACGGCGGCAGUAGUACCGGAGGCGCAGCAGCAGUCACGGCUGCAGCGGCGGCGGCGGCGGUCGCGGCAGCCUCGGCCUUCAACCCUUUCCACCACGCGGCCGGCAGCGGUAUCGAGCAGCGGAGGUCGCCGCGGCUACCCAACAGCACCGUGAACGAUUCGUCGAGAGGAGAGUUGGGACAGUUGAACGCCUCCACUCGGGAAUCAUCGGUGCCAAUCGCGUCGCCGUCGGGUAAUGUUACGGGCGGCGCGCCGAGCUUACUGUCGAUCGCGACCACUGCAUCGACACCGCCGGCGAACGAGCCGUCUACCACGACGACGACCACUACUACUGCCUCGAGCCAUUCCAGUCCCGUGGGCCAUCAUCAGCACUUUCAAGGUCUUCACCUCCUCGGCGCGACCAACUCUCUGUUCGGCUCGAUCUUCGCGCCCCUCCUGCCCCAGUCCUCGUGGCUGUACAAUCCGCUCUAUCACUCGCAGCAGUACCUGCUGGAGCCCGAGUGGCACGCCCUGGCGCUGCGCAUGGCCCAGCAGCGACUGCAGCGGCCCGACGGCCACUCCUCCUCGCGCCUCGAGGAUCUGCGCAAGUUCCGGGCGGCGGCGGCGGCAUCGGCCACGGACAACGACGACGUGAGCAACAGAGCCGACGACGAGACAGCCGACCGAGACCGGGACAAGGACAGGGACAGCCCCGAGAGUAGCAUCGAGGUCGACGACAGCGACGAGCCAAGGCCGAAACUGGCCAGAAGCUCGCAGAGCGACGAGUCGCUCGACAGCCCGAAGAUGUCGCCGAGCAGGACCGACUCGGAGAUAGCGCUGGAGGAUUCCUCGAGUCGUCUGCGGCCCAGUUUCGAGAACCUGAACGAGCCGGAUCACGGCACGCAGCUGGACCAGUUGGACGAGUCGAGCCAUCAUCAUCAUCAUCACUGCGGCGGACUGACGGUCAAGAUCCGGGUCGAGGGCACCGUCGAUCUCAGCACCAAGACGCGCAGCCAUCAUCGGGACAAGGAGAACGUCGGCCAGGAUCUGACCACGUCGAGGCGAAAAGAGGACGACAUCGUCGACGUCGUGAUGGACCGGGAGACCAUGAGGCCGAGAAAGGAGAAGAGUCCUAAGCCUAGACAAGUUUGGAGGCCGUAUUAAUUUGCAUAUACUGACGAAGAAGUAUUUUUGUUUUGUAACGACACGCGUUCAUUCGUUUGUCAUUUCAAUCGCAUAGAGUAAGAUAAUUAUUCGCAGAAUGAUUAACUUGUCGAUUCCUAAUUGCCGUAUUAUCAAACUAAAAAAGGUCUCAUCUAAGGACUAACCAGGGUUUAGGAUCGAGUAUGAUUUGUAAAUAAAAAAAAUUGUUAAUCUAUUACGCAGUCAAAGAAUUUCGUAGAAAACAAAAAAUACCUACUAAAACGAGCAAAAAAGUUUUUAAUUAACGAAAAAAAAAAAAAAUUAUAUCUCGGAAAAAUCGACUAGAAAAUUCAUGUUCAUUGUGCAAUAAAACGAGAAUUCACUUAAUCCGUAAUCCAACCAUUAGGAAUUGUAAAUAUAUAACGAACUGUAGGAUAAUUUCUGAAAGAAAGCUGCUUGGACGAACUUUGAAAUAUUUUGGAAUUCUCUAUCCAGAUUUUUCGUGUUCAUAAUUAAUUAAACCAAAAACAAACUUUGUGUGUUUCGAAUGGGAAAAACUCGAGAGUGAAAGUUGCGAUUCGAACUUGAAAAAAAAAACGAAGAAAACAAAUGUGAGCGUGCAUCUUUUCAAUCUCUGUGUGCUAAAUACAACCAAAAUAUACAGAAGCAGUGUAAAACUUGAAAAUUGUUAACGGAUUGUUUUUCAAAUUAUAGUUUGAAACUUGUUUUGCGCAGCAGUAAUUUUCCCAUCCAAAAAAGUAUUUCUCAGAUCUCUUCUCUCUCAUUCUCUCACUUGAUUAAUAAUAGGUUUAAUUUAAUUGGCCGUGCAAUAAUUGUGAUCUAGAUGUAUGAAAACAAUGUAAAUUAUUAUAUUCAUUUGUUAAAGUAAUAUUUCAUAAGGAAUAAAUCAUUACACUUAUUAUCAAAACCCAAUAA